CGGCUUGGAACCGCGGCGGCGGCGGCUGACGCAGGGAUCCCGCGGCGGCGGCGGCGGCGGGGCGACGGCGCCCGCGACUGGGCUGGUGUCCCUGGCUGAGCAUGGUAGCAGCCUGUGGUCUGGGUUUCCUCAUCUGGUGUCAGGCACACCCUGAAGAGCCAGCAAGCUUGGGCACCCACGGCCCAGCUCAUGACAGCGUGAUCUACCUGCCCCAGCCUGGCCAUCUGAUGGGGACACAAGCUGAGUGAUUUGAGAAAACACCAGAGACAUCCUCGCACAGGUGACUAAAUGGUGGACUCUGUGACAAGUGGCUUUUAGUAAUGGCCAGCUAGGCAUGAGCGGCCCCCGAGGUCGCCUGUGACUUCUGGAAGUAGAGGUCUGCAAGUCUGUCACACCGGCUGCCCCUGCUCAUGGGGCCUCAGGAGCCCCCGGGAGCCACGUGACUGUCCAGACCCCACCAGACCCAGCCAUGGCUGGCGCUGAGGGAUUCCAGUACAGGGCUGUGUAUCCAUUCCGCCGGGAGCGGCCUGAGGACCUGGAGCUGCUGCCUGGAGACCUACUGGUGGUGAGCCGGGUGGCCCUGCAGGCCCUGGGCGUGGCAGAUGGAGGGGAGCGUUGUCCACACAACGUGGGCUGGAUGCCCGGCUUCAAUGAGCGCACUCGGCAGCGAGGGGACUUCCCUGGAACGUAUGUGGAGUUCCUGGGGCCCGUGGCUCUGGCUCGACCAGGACCUCGCCCACGAGGCCCCCGUCCAUUGCCUGCCAGGCCCUUGGAUGGGCCUUCCGAGUCAGGCUUCACGCUGGCAGAGCUGGCAGAGCUGUUCUCUCCACCUGACCCUGCUCCACCCGUCCUGGUGAAGCUGGUGGAGGCCAUUGAGCAAGCAGGACUGGACAGUGAAUGCUACAGUAGGCCGGAGCUGCCCGCACCUCGGACAGACUGGUCCCUGAGUGACGUGGAGCAGUGGGACCACACCGCCUUGUGUGAUGCUGUUAAGGGCUUCCUGCUGGCGUUACCUACAGCCGUGGUGACUCCUGGGGCUGCAGCAGAGGCACACCGGGCACUGCGGGAGGCUGCAGGACCCGUGGGACCCGUGCUGGAACCCCCAACACUGCCACUGCACCAGGCGCUCACACUGCGGUUUCUGCUGCAGCACCUGGGCCGUGUGGCCCGCAGGGCGCCUGCACAGGCUGCAGCUGUCCACUCGCUGGCCAGCACCUUUGGGCCACUGCUGCUUCGCACGCCUCCUCCAGGGGGUGACACUGAUGGGAGUGAGCCUGGGCCCGACUUCCCAGUGCUGCUGUUGGAGAGGCUGCUGCAGGAACACGUGGAUGAGCAGGACGCCGCCCCCCCAGCACUACCACCCAAACCCGCUAAGGCAAAGCCAGCCCCCACAGCCCUGGCCAACGGAGGGACCCCGCCCUCACUUCAGGAUGCGGAGUGGUACUGGGGAGACAUCUCCAGGGAAGAGGUGAAUGAGAGGCUCCGAGACACGCCUGAUGGCACCUUCCUGGUCCGAGAUGCAUCCAGCAAGAUCCAAGGAGAGUACACGCUCACCCUCAGGAAAGGUGGGAACAACAAGCUGAUCAAGGUUUUCCACCGGGAUGGCCACUAUGGCUUCUCAGAACCUCUCACCUUCUGCUCCGUGGUAGAGCUCAUCUCCCACUACCGCCAUGAGUCGCUGGCCCAGUAUAAUGCCAAGCUGGACACGCGCCUGCUCUACCCCGUGUCCAAGUACCAGCAGGACCAGGUGGUGAAGGAGGACAGCGUGGAGGCUGUGGGCGCCCAGCUCAAAGUUUACCACCAGCAGUACCAGGACAAGAGCCGAGAGUAUGACCAGCUAUAUGAGGAGUACACGCGGACCUCCCAGGAGCUCCAGAUGAAGCGCACAGCCAUAGAGGCCUUCAAUGAGACCAUCAAGAUCUUCGAGGAGCAGGGGCAGACGCAGGAGAAGUGCAGCAAGGAGUAUUUGGAGCGCUUCCGGCGGGAGGGCAACGAGAAGGAGAUGCAGAGGAUCUUGCUGAACUCUGAGCGGCUGAAGUCUCGCAUCGCGGAGAUCCACGAGAGCCGCACGAAGCUGGAGCAGGACCUGAGGGCGCAGGCCUCGGACAACCGCGAGAUCGACAAGCGCAUGAACAGCCUCAAACCCGACCUCAUGCAGCUGCGCAAGAUCCGGGACCAGUACCUCGUGUGGCUGACCCAGAAAGGUGCCCGACAGAGGAAGAUCAACGAGUGGCUGGGAAUCAAGAACGAGACAGAGGACCAGUAUUCCCUGAUGGAGGACGAGGACGCCCUGCCCCACCACGAGGAGCGCACGUGGUACGUGGGCAAGAUCAACCGCACGCAGGCCGAGGAGAUGCUGAGCGGCAAACGGGACGGGACCUUCCUCAUCCGGGAGAGCAGCCAGCGCGGCUGCUACGCCUGCUCCGUGGUGGUGGACGGCGACACCAAGCACUGCGUCAUCUACCGCACGGCCACGGGCUUCGGCUUCGCGGAGCCCUACAACCUGUACGCCUCCCUGAAGGAGCUGGUGCUGCACUACCAGCACGCCUCGCUGGUGCAGCACAACGACUCGCUCACCGUCACGCUGGCGCACCCCGUGCGCGCCCCCGGGCCCGGCCCGCCCGCCGCCCGCUGAGCCCGGCCCUGCCCGCUGAGCCCGGCCCUGCCCGGGCGCUCCGAGAUUUUCAAGCCAUAGCCCGG